AUGCGUCUUUUGAAUACAACUUCACUAAAACUUGAAUACUUUGUGGAAGACGAAACACCCAUGUACGCCAUACUAUCUCACAGAUGGGAAGCCGAGGAGAUCCUAUUUGAAGAUGUCCAGACCAAGGAGUGGCCUCAAAAGAGAGGUGCUAAGAAGGUCAAGAAAGCCUGUCGUCGGGCUAAGAGGGAUGGUUUCGGGUACAUCUGGAUCGACACCUGCUGUAUAGACAAAAGCAGCAGCGCUGAACUUUCCGAGGCCAUUAACUCCAUGUUUAAUUGGUACCAUGAUUCUCAAGUAUGUUAUGCAUACUUGUUUGAUGUUCCCAGGAAGGAUUUCAACGAAAGUGAAUGGUUUACUCGAGGAUGGACACUACAAGAACUUAUCGCCCCCCAGCAAGUCCAUUUCUUUGACCGUCAGUGGGAAAAGAUCGGGGACCGCCUAUCCCUGCUCGACUCUAUCGUCGACAUAACAGCGAUUGAUCGACGAGUCCUUGGGCGAGGACAACACCAUCGACAUUGCAGAGGCCACGAAGAAGACGAGGUCUACGAAGAGGGGUGUCCAUGCGUAAGGGACAACGGUUCCCGGGCGUUUCGUCGGCUACUUUCGUCAUUCAACGUGGCCACGCGCAUGUCAUGGGCAAGCAGACGAGUUACGAAACGUGUGGAAGACCAAGCAUAUGCCCUCCUGGGGUUAUUCAACGUGAAUAUGCCCCUUCUAUACGGCGAGGGAACAAAGGCAUUUCGGCGCCUUCAGCAAGAGAUUAUCCGAAAUUCCAACGAUCAAUCUAUCCUCGCU